UGAGUCAGAGUGCGUGGUGCUGAUGCUGCUGCCAUUUCAUCACCUUUGAGAGCGCAGCAUCCAUCCCUUUGCUUCCCAGUGCCUGGGCCUACCUUGCUUUCAGGCUACCAGGCCAGUGAUGCACUCGCAGCCAAUCUAGAAACGGGUUGAUCUGCGCUAAGGCCUUGGUGGGGCGCCCCCUUCCGCCUCCCCAGGCCCGAGCCGACGAGUCCUGCCAGGCCACUGCCAUGGAGGCCAUCUGGCUGUACCAGUUCCGGCUCAUUGUCAUCGGCGAUUCUACGGUGGGCAAGUCCUGCCUGAUCCGCCGCUUCACCGAGGGCCGCUUUGCUCAGGUUUCAGAUCCCACCGUGGGGGUAGAUUUUUUCUCCCGCUUGGUGGAGAUCGAGCCAGGAAAACGCAUCAAGCUCCAGAUCUGGGAUACAGCGGGUCAAGAGAGGUUCAGAUCCAUCACUCGCGCCUACUACAGGAAUUCAGUAGGUGGUCUUCUCUUAUUUGACAUUACCAACCGCAGGUCCUUCCAGAAUGUCCAUGAGUGGUUAGAAGAGACCAAAGUACACGUUCAGCCCUACCAAAUUGUAUUUGUUCUGGUGGGUCACAAGUGUGACCUGGAUACACAGAGGCAAGUGACUCGACACGAGGCUGAGAAACUGGCUGCUGCAUACGGCAUGAAGUACAUUGAGACGUCAGCCCGAGAUGCCAUUAAUGUGGAGAAAGCCUUCACAGACCUGACAAGAGACAUAUAUGAGCUGGUUAAAAGGGGGGAGAUUACAAUCCAGGAGGGUUGGGAAGGGGUGAAGAGUGGAUUUGUACCAAAUGUUGUUCAUUCUUCAGAAGAGGUUAUCAAAUCAGAGAGGAGAUGUUUGUGCUAGUUAACCCUUCCAUUUUCAAAACAUACUCUCCCACUUGAACUUAAAAGUUAUCAAAAUAAAUAGAAUCCUUAUGUGACUGAAGAGAACUCAACCUUUGGAUAAUAAAUGAGCCUUCUUACUAGGCCUGGAUCUCUGGCAGGCUCAUGUAUGGGUAGAUAGGGAGCCUGGGUGCUGUGACUGAGGGACUAAAUUGCUGACGGGCUGGACCAGACCUUGUUUUGUGGGCCAGGCUCAGCAAUGGCUGCUCUGUGUGCCCUUUGUGGACCACAUAUUAAGGGUCUGGGUAUUUGAAAGUUAGGUUCCAGGAAAACACCUACAGACAGAUAAACAGUUUCUUGGUAUUACAACUUUUCAGACAUGGUGACCAUAAAGAAACAUAUAGAAGGAAAUCAAGUAUCAAAUUGGGGACAAUUAAGAUAACUGAAAAAAGAGUAUGGUAUCAACUUAUUCGAUGAUACCAUGCCAAAUGUGUGCUGUGUUUUAUACAAAUACACCAAACUACUUCUAACAGUUCAACUGUAAAAUGAAAAGCCCAUAUGAAUCAGCUAUUUGGUAAAAUUCUUUCAAGAUCUAGCAUUCUAGUAAAACUGCUGUGAAUAUGAAAAGGGAAGUCAUUCACACAUUGUUGUUAUCACAUUUGAGAAAGUGUACACUCGCAUGAUAAAGUUGCCAAUGAUGUGAAAGAAAUUCUUCCAUGCAAAAUGAUCAUGUAAGGGGAAAAAGAAAAUAUUGUAACCCAAAGGCCACAUUAUUUCUCCUCUUACCACACCUGGAUUUUUAUUGCAUCAAGGAACCAUAAUCUGGAAGUAAGCAUACUUCCAGAAGUAAGUAAUGCUUCUUCAGAUACCUGACAGUGACAAUACAGAGACUGUAAACAAAAACAAAACCAAAAAAAAAAAAAAAAAACCCUUAGUCAAGCCCUUGGUCAUUGGUUCUAAGCUGAGUAUUGGCUCAACACGUAGUCUUAGAACCCUUAAAAAUUCUUCAUAUUAAUUUAUUUCAUUUAUUGGAUCACCAUAAUAGGACUGUGAGAUUUUUGACCCCAUUUUACAGAAUAAAAAAGAAAGAACCAAGCCUACCUGACACCUAGCUUUUUUCACUGGAUCAUUAUUUGUGUGAAUAAAUGAUUAAUUUAUUAACCUUUGGAGACAUGUGACUAUAAAUAAAUGUUCUCUACAUGAUAUAAUAUGUUUUCCUUGUUUUACAGCUCAGUUAUAAUCUUGCAAGAAUCUAGGAAUGACUCAAAGGUAAAGCCCACUCAGGUAUUAUUGACAAGAGGGCAUUAAAUAAGGGAUUAAUUGCGCAACUGAAAACACAAUAAAACUGUGUGGGUUAUAAAUGUUCUUCUCACAAACACUAUGAAUAUUUUAUUGAAAGGAACCAAAUACAACAAUGGGGAGUGGGAUGGGGAUAAAGUACUCACCUCACAAUGAUCUUGGCUACCUGUCUGCUAUGUACCUACAUUGGGCUCCUGUCUACCC